ACAACUCGACUCCAGAGGUGGAAAUUCUGGUUUUCCAGAGCUCUCAGUGCCGGCUCUGGCGCUAUGGGUACCUGGCGGGCCGCACUCCCGGCCCAGCCGGGCUGACCUUCCAUCCCCUGUCCCCUGCCUCUGGGGCCUAGGAAGCCCCUUCUUCUUUCCCUUGGAUGCACCCCUACCCAAGACUCUGGACACCUGGGGUUCUGCACUGUGGCUGGCUCGAGGAGCCAUCUGGUGACAGCCUCUGGCCGAGCAUGGCCCUCCUAGCCCCGGGCCCGGACCCCUGGAGCCUCCCGGGCCUUUUUCUCUUCUGGCUGUUUCUGCUGCCAUGGCUGCUGACCGCGGGGGCCGCUGGGCAGGGGCCCCUACCCAGGGUCAUCUACCACGCAGGGGACGGACGCAGGGUUCUCAGCCUCUUCCACCAGAAGGGCCUCCAGGAUUUCGACACUCUGCUUUUGAGUGGUGAUGGAGGCACUCUCUACGUGGGGGCUCGGGAGGCCAUUCUGGCCUUGAACAUCCAGGAUCCAGGGAUGCCAAAGCUGAAGAACAUGAUACCCUGGCCGGCCAGUGACCAAAAAAAGAGAGAAUGUGCCUUUAAGAAGAAGAGUAAUGAGACACAGUGCUUCAACUUUAUCCGUGUCCUGGUCUCUCUCAACGCCACCCACCUAUAUACAUGUGGCACCUUCGCCUUCAGCCCCGCUUGUACCUUCAUCGAACUCCAAGAUUCCUACCUGAUGCCCAUCUCCCAGGACAAAGUUGUGGAGGGGAAAGGCCAAAGCCCCUUCGACCCCGCCCAUAAGCACACAGCUGUCUUGGCAGAUGGGAUGCUCUAUUCUGGCACCAUGAACAACUUCUUGGGCAGCGAGCCCAUCCUGAUCCGCACGCUGGGACCCCAGCCUGUCCUCAAGACCGACAAUUUCCUCCGCUGGCUGCAGCCGGACGCCUCCUUCGUGGCAGCCAUCCCCUCGACCCACUUCGUCUACUUCUUCUUCGAGGAGACGGCCAGCGAGUUCGAGUUCUUCGAGAAGCUCCACACGUCCCGCGUGGCCAGAGUCUGCAAGAACGACGUGGGCGGAGACAAGCUGCUGCAGAAGAAGUGGACCACCUUCCUGAAGGCGCAGCUGCUCUGCGCGCAGCCGGGGCAGCUGCCUUUCAACGUAGUCCGCCACGCGGUGCUGCUGCCCGCCACUGCCUCCGCAGACGCCCGGGUCUACGCCACCUUCAGCUCCCAGUGGCAGAUCGGUGGGACCAGGAGCUCUGCCGUCUGUGCCUUCUCUCUCAAGGACUUCAGACGUGUCUUUGAGGGGAAGUACAAGGAGCUGAACAAAGAGACUUCACGCUGGACUACUUACGGGGUUCCCGAGAUCAGUCCCCGGCCAGGCAGCUGCUCCGUGGGCCCCUCCUCUGAUAAAGCCUUGACCUUCAUGAAGGACCAUUUCCUGAUGGACGAGCAGGUGGUGGGGACCCCCGUGCUGGUGAAGUCUGGCGUGGAGUACACGAGACUGGCGGUGGAGACAGUCCAGGGCGUCGAUGGGCACAGCCAUCUGGUCAUGUACCUGGGCACCACCACGGGGUCCCUCCACAAGGCUGUGGGGAGUGGGAACAACAGUGUCCAUCUGGUGGAGGAGAUCCAGCUGUUCCCUGAACCUGAACCUGUCCGCAACCUGCUGCUGGCCCCCGCACAGGGUGCAGUGUUUGCGGGCUCCUCGAGGGGCAUCUGGCGGGUCCCACGAGCCAACUGUAGCGUCUAUGAGAGCUGUGUGGACUGUGUCCUUGCCCGGGACCCCCACUGUGCCUGGGAUCCAGAGUCCCGGACCUGCCGCCUCCUGCCCACCCCCAUCCCGAAGUCCUGGAGGCAGGACAUGGAGCAAGGGAACCCACGGUUCGCCUGUGCCACUGGCCCCGUGGGCAGAAGCCGCCAGCCUCAGAGCCGCCCCGAAAUCAUUAAAGAAGUCCUGUCUGUCCCCAACUCCAUCGUGGAGCUCCCCUGCCCCCGCCUGUCAGCCCUGGCGUCUUAUCGCUGGAGUCACGGCAAAGCGGCGGUCCCAGAGGCCUCUGCGGCGGUCUACAACGGCUCCCUGCUGCUGCUGCUGCAGGACGGGGUGGGGGGCCUGUACCAGUGCUGGGCCACAGAGAACGACUUUUCCUACCCUGUGGUCUCCUACUGGGUGCACAGCCAGGAUCAGCCCCUGGCCCUGGACCCUGAACUGGCGGGCAUCCCCCGGGAACGUGUGGAGGCCCCGUUGACCAGGGUCGGGGGCGGGGCCGCCCUGGCCGCCCAGCGGUCCUACUGGCCUCACUUCCUCACGGUCACUGUGCUCCUGGCCCUCGUGCUUUCUGGAGCCCUCCUCCUUCUCCUUGCCUCCCCGCUGGGGGCGCUCCGAGCCCGGGGCAAGGUGCGGGGCUGUGAGACCCUGCCUCCUGGAGAGAAGGCCCCCCUGAGCAGAAAGCAGCACCUCCAACCUCCCAAGGACCACACGACCUCGGCCGGCGAGGUGGACGCGGACAACAACCAUCUGGGCUCUGAGGUGGCUUAAACUCUGGGCACAGACCGGGGCUGUAGGGUGGGCAGGGCGCCUGGCCAUGCCGGCUGUGGGGACCUGGGACUUGGUGGGGGAGUACCACGAAAGACCACCUUUUCCUGCCACUGUGUGCCACCAGGAGCCCUCAGCGGGGCUGGACACAGCGGUCUGACCCCCUCUGGGCCUGCCUUCCACCACGCACACAGGCUCUCCAGCUUGGCUGUUCCAGAACCCUCCGGCGGGGGGGCGGGGGGGGGGAGGUUCCAGGACCCUGUGGUAAUAAACACCAACAUACAAACGGGACAGCACGCUAGUACCCCUGGCGACCCCACUCUGGUCGCAGCCGCCACCUCACCUCAGACGCCAGCGCCCCCCUCCCGGGGAUCUGCAGGGAGACGCGCCCUCCCCCUCCCUUGUCAACCAUGCACCGCUGACUCCCGGGAAGUCUUUCCGGAAGUCUGACCGCCUUCCUUCUUGCUUCGGUUGGGGAGACUGUGAUCCCUGCUGGCCUGGCUGGAGUAACAGGGGUCAUCUGAGCCUUGUUCACUCCUUUGCUGUGGCUGACCCCUUGAUCUUUGUCCUCUCCCCUCCUUUAUUUUGGGAUUCAGAAAACGGCUUGUCACAGACAGUUUAUUUUUUAUUAAAAAGACAAAGCUUA